CAGCGCGGGCGAGAAGAGGCCGCUGCCGCCCGCGCGCAGGCGAUAGGCGGGCGAGAGGCCGGCGCCGGGCGAUGGCGCUGGCGCCCGGCGAGAGCGGGCGAUAUCGCCUCGCUCUCGCCCGCGCUGGAGCGCCCGCCCGGGCGAGAGGCGGGCGAGAGGGAGGCGAGAGGGAGGCGAGGCACUGGCGGGGCGAGAGCGCGGGCGAGAGCGACGUGGCGCGAUCUGAUUGGUCCACGUGUCGCGAUCUGAUUGGUCCACGUGUGCUAGCCGUUGCAACUAGCCGUUUUUGACCGUUUGGAGUCCAAAAAAUUCGAAAAAAAUUGCAAAAAAUCACAAAUUUCAUCCCCAAUCCCUCUAUAUAUACCCCUACCCGGGUGGAGCUCAUUCCACACACCAUUCCAUCUCAUUUUUCUCUUCCAAACUCCCCUUUCUUCACACAAUGUCGGGUUGGUCCCCAGAUUUGAACACCUUCACGGAUCUCUUGCAGUCCGAUGGGUCACCUACAACCCUUCCGUUAGAUGAGUCUUCUUCACUACAUCGUCGCUCCGAUGUUUCAGCCUCACUCCCCCGUGCACUAUUUCCGGCUGCGCGUCCACCACCAUACCCUUAUCCCUAUCAUUUGUAUCAAUAUCCACCGUCUUCAUAUGGUCAACCUCCAACUUCCCAAGCCGGAAUUCAAGCCUCAUUCCCGGUACGUCCGUAUGCCCCUCCUCCACCUGCUGCGGACGGAAGUCAAGCUUCUUUCCAGAUACCUCCAUACGCCCCUCCUUCAUAUGCUCCACCUCCGUAUGGAGUACCUCCUUAUGCUCCAUAUGCUCCACCUCCGUAUGGGGCACCUCAUCCAUAUGCUCCACCUACGUAUGGAGCACCUCCUCCAGUUGCACCUUUAUCUGUUGGAUCUGAAAACCAAGCUGAGGAAAAUCCCGUGCCGAAGGAAAAGCGUCCAAAGAGGCUAGAGUGGACGAAGGAAGACGAGGAAAAGCUGGUUAAUGCUUGGUUUAUGCAUUCUAAUGAUCCCAUCUCCGGCAACAAUAAGAGCGGAUCAAGUUUCUGGGGCCAAAUAGCGGCAACAUAUAACUCCACCUCCGACCCUAUCCGUCAUCGAACCGCCAAGCAACUUAAAGAUCAUUGGGUCACCUACAACCGGGAGGUGACCAAGUUCAUUGGAUUCUACCUCCAAGAAGAAAGGUUGCGUCAGAGCGGAGCUGACGAUGCAAUGGUCAUGGAUGCAGCAAUGGCGAGGUUCGAGGGUAAAAUGGGGCAUCCAUUUAAGCGCCAUCAUUGGUGGCAAGUUGUUCGCCACGAGCCCAAGUGGUCAGCAAAGCAUGGUCUUGGUAGUGGAUCUGAUUCGACUGCGAAUAAGAGAACCCGACUCGGAGUCUCUGGUGAAUAUAGUUCUGGAGGCACUGAAGACACCGAGGAGGAAGUGCCCCGACCAGUGGGGCGUGAUAGGGCAAAGGCGGCUGCGCGAAAGACAAAGACGAAGGGGAAAGGGAAGGAAGCCACGAGCAGCGAAUCAACAAGUGAAGCAUUCAAAAUGAAGAACUUGUGGGGUGGAUUAGUGAAGGCCAAGCUUUUGAAGCAAUGGAACAUCCUAAAGGGCCGAUCAACCAGAGAUAUGGACCCGGCUGAAAGACGUACCCAUGACAGGGCCGUAAAGAUGGUCGAAAAAGAACUUGGUCUGCUAGAUGACGAAGAAGAGGAACCGGAAGCGGAACGUGAAGAGGAGGAAGAUGAGGAUGAGAUCGAGGAGUCCGAUUAGAGUUAUGUAAUUUUAUUUUAAUUAUCAUGUCAUUUUAUUUUAAUUAUUAUGUACUUUGUAAUUUUUAAUUCAAUAAAAAAUAU